AUGGGCAAGCAGAAGAAAUGCAUCAUCAUGACAGCACCCGCCCUGCUAUUUCUUUUUCGGAAUGUUCCUAACUCUCUCUGUCUCUCUCUCUGUCUCUCUCUCUGUCUCUCUCUCUGUCUCUCUCUCUGUCUCUCUCUCUGUCUCUCUCUCUGUCUCUCUGUCUCUCUCUCUGUCUCUCUCUCUGUCUCUCUCUCUCUCUCUCUCUCUCUGUCUCUAAGCGGCAUCGCGCGCCAAAACCGAUCUGCCUCGAAACUGGCUCAGCAGCAGACCGCCGUCAUGCCCAAGACCCAGACUCUUGAUGAGACCCCAAUCGUCAACCUGAAGUCGGCUCCCGAACCACACCUCCCGCAAUCCAAACAGAAUGGCGUUGUGGCCAGCGCAGCCUCCACCAAAUCAGACCAGACCGUUGUCGAGCAUCGCAUCACCGCUCAACAAGACUCGCCUCUGAGUCAAAAUCCAUCCAGCUGCGCUGAGGAGGAUAAUCGCGAACCCCUGAGCCAAGGCAUGACCAAUCGCAAGCUUACCCAAGCGAAAGCAUCCAGCCCCACCCAGGCCCAGUCUCGUGCAGAACCCUGUGAAGAUGACAAUUUGUCUGUUCACGAGGAUGACCCGGACUGGAGCACACACCGCUCUGAUGAGGGCCUUAUUUACUACUACAACCACGUAACAGAAGAAUCUCGCUGGGACAAACCCGAUGCCCCUUGCCUUCCCCUGGACAUGGCGAGCCUCAACGAUGAAGAACAUGAAGCCGAGACUGAAGCCGAAGACAGCCAGGCGCUGCACCCCGAAUCAGAAGACGUCCUUCUAACGGAGCAGGAACCUGUAGCUAGCAAUGACGACAAAAAGAAGAAAAAGAAGAAGAAGACGAAGAAGAAAGCUUCCAUCCAAACCUCGGAUAGCGCCUCCACUGACAAGGCCAGGAGCUCCCGUUCCAAAAAGUCUUCCAAGACAGCUUCUCAGCCCGAAGAGGAUGAGGCACCACUUGCCAAGCGUCCCCGCCGUGCCAGCACUGCCAACAGCAUGAGUAAGGCUGAACGUGAGGCUGAACGCUUACGCCUCAAGGAAGAAAAGACUGCUGAGCUCCAGCGUGCCAAGGAAGAAAAGGCCGCUGAACUCCAGCGCGCCAAGCAGGAGCGCGAGGCCAAAAAGGCCGAGGAGAAAGCCCAGCGUGAGGCCGAGCGUGCGCGCCUCAAAGCCGAACGCGAGGCCGAACGUCUCAAGAAGCAAGAGGAGAAGCGAAAGGAGCUGGAACAAAAGACGGCAGAGCGUAAUGAAAAGCUCCGCCAAGCCGAGCUUGAAAAGGUCAAACGCAAGGAGGAACAAGAACAAGAGCGUUUGCGCAAGGAGGCGGAAAAGCUAGCAGAAAAGGAAAAGAAAGAGAAACCCAAGAAGUUGAUGGCUGAUUUCAUGGGCCGUUUUGUGAAAAAGCAAGCGCCUGUCUCGAAACCGUUGGAGGCGCGUGCCAAUGUGGGCCCCUUUUCUUUCCUGGAACCUCCAGAGAACGGCAAACGAGCUCCGCCCCUGCCACUUCCAGACUCGGAGCGCCCAUCCAUCGAGGACAUUGACCUGUGGCUGAUGCAGACGUUUGAGCAUGGCCAGGCUGAAAAUUCCGCCUGCGUCCCGAGCCUCCUGGACGACCAUCUUCGCCGCUUUCGCCAACAGCCGCGCACAUCGGCUGUGGCCCGCACUUCGCGCCAGGACCGGUCAGCCUACAUUCAAGUGGAGGAAGAGCUCGUGCCCAUUAAAAUGCUGUCGUUUUGGGAGGAUGUGCGCCCGGCCUAUCGUGGGACUUUCACCAAGCACUCGACCACAGUGACAGCUCGCAACCCACUGGGCCGAGACUAUGAGCAAUUGGACUACGAGUACGACAGCGAAGCUGAAUGGGAGCCUGAACCAGAUGACGGUGAUGAAUGCCUGAGUGCCGAUGAAGACGAAGAAGAGAAUGACGACGAAGAGGAUGUGGAUGAGGACAAUUGGAUUGUACCUCAUGGCUACCUGUCCGAGGAUGAGGGAGGUGAUGGUGCUGAUGGUGCCGAGGAUGACGACGAAGCCCUCAAGACGCCCGAGGUCAAGCGCUCCUGCUCUAUCGGCUGCGUCUUUGGUGCCGAGGCCGCUGAUCACCAAGUCCUCUCCCAGUAUGCAGCUCAGCCGCUGACGCCUUUCCCGAUUGAUGUCAACGAGAUCUUGACAGGUCUGGGCCGAUCUGAUCUGACUCUCUCGCCUGUCUUGCCCUAUCUUCAGCCGGAAGAAUCUGAGAGCAAUUUCAAAAAGCCAGCUUUUGCUACCCUGCCGGCAACCUGUCUACCUCGCCUCGUCAACAUGAUUCACGGUCGUUCAACAGGCAUGAAAACUGUUGCCAGAGCAAUGCAAUCGGAGCUGCCCGAUGAGGACCUUCCCAAGGCUGCUGUUAUUCGACAACUCCGCGAGCCCGAUUUUGUGACCAAGGUCACGGUUGAAGGCUGCUCGCGCCCAAUUUGGCGCGUGAGCGAGGCGCAACUGCAAACCCACAAGGCCACCAAGCUCCCGUUUCCUCAUCCUGACGAAUUCACACAGCCAGAAGAGCCCGACAGCAGCCCCAAAAAGCCUGCCCUUGCCACCCUUCCCGAAGCUUGCUUGCCUCAUCUGGUUAACAUGAUUCAUGGCCGAUCAACAGGCAUGAAGACCAUCGCGAAAGACCUGCAAAAGGAGCUGCCCGAGGAAGACAUUCCCAAGGCUGCCAUCAUUCGUCAACUGCGCGAGCCCGAUUUCGUGACCAAGGUCACGGUCGAGGGCUGCUCUCGCCCGAUCUGGUGCGUUAGUGAGACUCAUCUAAAAACUCACCAAGCAACCAAUCUACCCUUCCCGCACGCUGACGAGUGCAAGCCGAGCAGUAAUUCCCCAACCAGCGAAGGUCCCGAGGCUGCAGCUGCUGGUGCGGCUCUUGAUGAUACCACUGCACCAAAGAAGGCCAAGGCUAAGCGCAAGCUUAAACCAAUUGCGACUUCAGCAACAGACGCUGCAGAGCCGCACACCAAGCGAGCCAAGUCUGCAUCUCAAAGCUCUUCGCGCAAAGCCAACAAGUCGAAGGGUGGCAAACAGCAGACCCUCGCUGCCGCCUGUGCGCAGAAAGCGUCAUCCCGGAAGGUUCAGGUGCAGCUAAAGGCCGGUGUUGAAGAGCCCGUCACCAAGCCCCCACCUCCACCCUUGCCGACUACAACCACCCCUUGGCUGCGCUACUUGGAUGAUAACAGCAAGCGUCCCUAUUGGUAUAAUACGGAGACCGCAGAAACCACGUGGUUGGAACCUGCCAUGCCCUGGAUCAUGGCCGAAUGA